GAUUCCUCUCUGUGCACGCUCUGCGUUUUUUGCGGUGGAUCAUAGCCGUUCGAGCAGAGGUGCGGGGCGGCCGAGAAGCUCUCUUGCCCUGAGGUUGCUGCUGCUGCUGCCCACAAGAGGAGAACCUGGCCGUGCAGAAGGGAGGCCCCACCGCGCGCCAGCUUUUUCAGCAGCGAGGCUGACGCGGCUCCUUUAAGAGCCGCAGGUCUAUGGAAAUGAGCCUCGCAGAGCUGCUGCCGCAGCGGAGGCGAGCCGGGCUUGCUUGGCAGGCGGCUAGACCUUAGCUGGCUGCGGCGGGAGAGAGCAGGCGGCGGCGGCGGCGGACCUGCUCGGGCUCAUCGGGAGAACCCGGCGGGGGGAACCCGUCGGCCCGGAUCUCCCAUUUGGCAUGAAGCGCAAUUGCUGAUCCCUGGACGGACAAAACGAAAACCGGACUGCGGGCGGUGGGAGAUGGGCGGCGGCGGCGGCGGCGGCGCCCCCGGCCGGGCUGUGCUGCUACUGCUGGCGCUGGGGAUCCCCCGUUCCCGCGCCGACGGCCCCGAACCGCCCCCUCUCUGCGCCCCCUUCAGGGACCCUCGGCUGCCUGAGCGGCCGCUGUCACCACCGAGCGAACCGGCUGCUUGCGCCGAGCCGCCACCGCUGUGGCUUUGCCGGGUUUCGCGUCCGGCCCGCGGCCUCUGGGCGCACCUGCUGGGGCCGCGGUGCGAUGGUGCUUCGGCGGCGGCGGCGGCGGCGGGCGAGGAUGGAGAGCUGUUGCUGUUAAGCCACCUUCUCUUGGCCCCGGUUCCAGGCGGCCGAUUCCGCAGAGGGCGAAGCCGGACUCUGUGCUUGAAACCGGGCACCCAUAUUCCUUUGCCGCCCGCUAGCUCGUGGGGCGGCUGCCAGCUAAGGUGCACGGUGCAAGGCGGCGGCGAAGGCGACGUUAGAGACAAGCGUGGGCCGUUGCAUCCCCAGGGAGAACUGAUACUGCCCCCACGAGCCCUGUGUCUCCGGCCGGGACGCCCAUUACGGUUGGGGCUGUCGUGCCAACCCUGCGAUGAGAAGACGGAGAUCUUGGUCCACUGGCUCCUGGCUGUGGGCUCUUCGCAGCAGGAGGUGGAGAAGCUGUGGCCCUCGGAGGGGUGCGGCUGCCAAGGUGAGGGGGGCAGCAGAAGGAAGCGGGAUGUGAACACCGGCCCCCAGUUCCAGAUGCCCACCUACCAAGUAUCAGUGCCGGAGAACAGACCAGCAGGCACACCUGUGAUCUUGCUGAGGGCUAUGGACCCUGAUGAGGGGGACGCAGGCCGAUUGGACUACUCCAUGGAUGCCCUCUUCGACAGCCGCUCCAACAGCUUCUUUGCCAUUGAUCCCCAGACAGGAGCCGUGACCACAGCUGAAGAGCUGGAUCGAGAAACCAAAAGCACCCAUGUGUUCAGGGUAACAGCGACAGACCACGGCAUACCACGGCGCACAGCUCUGGCCACACUCACAAUCACUGUCAGUGACACCAAUGAUCACGAUCCUGUGUUUGAGCAGCAGGAGUAUAAGGAGAGCAUGCGGGAGAACCUUGAGGUCGGCUACGAAGUGUUGACAGUAAGAGCAACCGAUGGUGAUGCAAGCCCCAAUGCCAACAUCCUAUACCGCAUCUUGAAUGGGAAUGGGGUCAACAGGAUCUUUGAGAUUGACCCCAAGUCUGGAGUCAUCCGCACCAAUGGCCUUGUGGACAGAGAAGCUGUGGAAUCCUAUCAGCUGAAAGUGGAGGCCAAUGACCAGGGCCGAGACCCAGGACCGCGCAGCAGCACAGCCACAAUUCAUAUUACAGUGGAGGAUGACAAUGACAACUCACCACAGUUCAGUGAGAAACGUUACGUUGUACAGGUACCCGAGAAUGUUGCUUCAAACACCCACAUCCUGCAGGUAAAUGCCACAGACAGGGACAAAGGCAGCAAUGCUAUGGUGCAUUAUAGCAUAAUGAGUGGCAACACUCGGGGACAAUUUUACAUAGAUGCCCAAAUAGGUAAUAUUGAUGUAGUCAGCCAGCUUGAUUAUGAGAUGAAUAAGGAAUACACUCUUCGCAUUAGGGCCCAAGAUGGAGGAAGGCCUCCCCUUUCCAACAUCAGUGGGCUGGUGACCAUCCAGGUACUGGAUGUGAAUGACAAUGCCCCUAUCUUUGUUAGCACCCCUUUCCAGUCCACAGUGUUGGAAAAUGUACCUGUGGGCUAUUCUGUUAUUCACAUCCAAGCCAUUGAUGCAGAUUCUGGGGAAAAUGCCCGACUUGAAUAUGCUCUGGUUGAUAUGAGUCCCGAUUUCCCUUUUAAUAUCAAUAACAACACAGGCUGGAUUGUAGUGGCUUCUGGUUUGGAUCGUGAAGCUGUGGACUUCUAUAAAUUUGGGGUUGAAGCCAGAGAUCAUGGUAACCCUUCCAUGACUUCUUCAGCAAGUGUUAGUAUUACUGUUCUGGAUGUCAACGAUAACAAUCCUGAAUUCACGCAAAGGGAAUAUACCAUGCGUCUCAAUGAAGAUGCAGCAGUGGGCACCAGUGUUCUUAUUGUCUCAGCCAUUGAUCGGGAUGUCAACAGCGUCAUCACCUACCAGAUCACAAAUGGGAAUACUCGCAAUCGCUUUUCCAUCACUAGCCAGAGUGGUGGUGGUCUCAUCACUCUGGCCCUACCCUUGGAUUAUAAAUUAGAGCGACAGUACCUUCUUACAAUCACAGCUUCUGAUGGCACUCGGUUUGACACAGCGCAGGUCUUUGUUAAUGUAACUGAUGCUAAUACACAUCGGCCAGUGUUCCAGAGCUCCCAUUACACUGUUAACAUCAAUGAGGACAGUCCAGUGGGUACCACCGUAGUUAUUAUCAGUGCUACGGAUGAAGAUACAGGAGAGAAUGCUCGCAUCACUUACUUCAUGGAAGACAGUAUUCCUCAGUUCAAAAUUGAUAUAGAUACUGGUGCUGUGACAACUCAGAUGGAAUUGGAUUAUGAAGACCAAGUUUCCUAUACUUUGGCAAUUACAGCUCGUGACAAUGGCAUCCCCCAGAAAUCAGAUACUACCUAUCUAGAAAUACUAGUCAAUGAUGUAAAUGACAAUGCACCUCAGUUUUUAAGGGAUAAUUACCAAGGAUCUGUCUAUGAGGAUGUACCUGGUUUCACAAGUGUCCUACAGGUUUCUGCUACAGAUAGAGACUCUGGGAUGAAUGGGAGAGUGUUCUAUACCUUUCAGGGUGGAGAUGAUGGUGAUGGGGACUUCAUAAUUGAAACCACCUCUGGUAUUGUUAGAACGUUGCGUAGACUGGACAGGGAAAAUGUUCCGCUCUAUGAGCUUAGAGCAUAUGCAGUUGAUAAAGGAGUACCAGCCAUGAGGACUCCAAUUGAUGUCCAUAUCACUAUUCUUGAUGUCAAUGACAACCCCCCUGUCUUUGAGCAUGAUGAGUUUGACAUCUUUGUGGAAGAAAAUAGUCCAAUAGGCUUAGUGGUGUCCCGAAUCACUGCCAGUGAUCCAGAUGAGGGUACCAAUGCUCAAAUUAUGUAUCAGAUAGUGGAAGGUAAUAUUCCGGAGGUCUUCCAACUUGAUAUCUUCUCAGGAGAGUUGACAGCAUUGAUGGAUUUGGAUUAUGAGACCAAGUCUGAGUAUGUCAUAGUAGUCCAAGCUACUUCAGCUCCACUGGUAAGCCGGGCUACUGUGCAUGUUCGUUUACUGGAUAGGAAUGACAAUGUUCCAGUCUUGAAGAACUUUGAGAUCAUAUUCAAUAACUACAUCACCAACAAGUCCAGUAGUUUCCCCACUGGAGUGAUUGGCAAGAUCCCAGCCUAUGAUCCUGAUGUUUCUGAUAGUCUUACAUACAGUUUUGAGCAAGGCAAUGAAUUGAAACUUGUUCUCUUGAACCACAGUACUGGAGAACUACGUUUGAGCAGGGCCCUGGAUAACAAUAGACCUUUGGAGGCAACCAUGAGAAUUUCUGUAACAGAUGGGAUCCACAGUGUUGCUGCCCAAUGCAUGCUUCAGGUGACCAUUAUCACAGAUGAGAUGCUGACCAACAGUAUCACUUUGCGGUUGGAGAACAUGUCCCAAGAACGCUUCCUUUCACCACUGCUGGCUGUCUUUCUUGAAGGAGUAGCAACUGUGCUAUCCGCUCCCCGUGAUCAUGUUGUCCUUUUCAACAUCCAGAAUGACACGGAUGUUCAGGCUGCCCAAAUCCUGAAUGUUAGUCUGUCAGUACAAUUGCCUGAUCGAGUCCAUGGCAGCCAUUACAUUCCUUCAGAAGACCUCCAGGAACGAUUGUACCUCAACCGGACACUCUUGGCUGCUAUUACGGAGCAGAGGGUCUUGCCUUUUGAUGAUAACAUUUGUUUGCGGGAACCUUGUGAGAAUUAUAUGCGCUGUGUCUCAGUGUUGAAGUUUGACAGCUCAGCACCCUUCAUUUCCUCCGACACUAUACUUUUCCGUCCUAUCCACCCUGUCAACGGUCUGCGUUGCCGUUGCCCGCUGGGUUUUACUGGUGAUUAUUGUGAAACUGAGAUUGAUCUUUGCUACUCCAAUCCAUGUGGAAAUAAUGGUCAUUGCCAAAGCCGGGAAGGAGGAUAUACUUGUGAGUGCCAAGAGGGCUACACUGGAGAGAACUGUGACGUGAAUUCCCGGUUGGGCCGCUGUACCCCUGGUAUCUGCAAGAAUGGUGGCACCUGUGUCAACCUGCUGGUGGGUGGUUUCAAGUGUGACUGCCUUUCUGGAGACUAUGAGAAGCCGUACUGUCAGAUGAAUACCCGUAGUUUCCCAGGCCACUCCUUCCUUACUUUUAAGGGGCUGCGCCAACGCUUCCAUUUCACCAUUGUUCUCACGUUUGCCACUAAGGAACGGGAUGGCCUUCUCCUCUACAAUGGGCGUUUCAAUGAACGGCAUGAUUUUGUUGCAUUGGAAAUUGUUCAAGAGCAAGUUCAACUUACUUUCUCAGCAGGAGAAACCACAAGCACGGUUGCCCCAUUCAUCCCAGGAGGUGUGAGUGAUGGACAGUGGCACACCGUCCACCUGCACUAUUAUAACAAGCCUGUCAUGGGGACGUCUGGAAUUCCACAGGGGCCUUCAGAUGAGAAAGUAGCUGUGGUGACAGUAGAUGACUGUGACACUUCAGUGGCCUUGAAAUUUGGCUCUAUUCUAGGAAACUAUUCCUGUUCAGCUCAAGGGACACAAUCAGGCACAAAGAAAUCCUUGGAUUUGACAGGUCCCUUGUUACUGGGUGGCAUUCCUGACCUUCCUGAGAGUUUCCCAGUACGGAACCGGCAUUUUAUAGGUUGCAUGAGAGACUUCCUCAUUGAUAAUCAAGAUGUAGACCUGGCUGACUUCAUUGCAAAUAAUGGAACUUUGCCUGGCUGCUCUGCCAAGAAGAAUUUUUGUGAUACCAACACAUGCCAUAAUGGUGGAACUUGUGUCAACCAGUGGAAUACUUUCACCUGUGAAUGCCCCCUGGGUUUUGGAGGCAAGGACUGCAAACAAGAAAUGGCAAGUCCACAGCGUUUCCUGGGCAAUAGUAUGGUGAUUUGGAGUAAUUUGGCAUUGAUCAUCACGCUUCCAUGGCACAUUGGACUUAUGUUUCGUACCAGGCAGAGCAACGGCGUCCUCCUCCGUGCUGCAGCGGGGCAGCAUUCUACCAUAACACUUUGGUUAAAUGAAGGUACAGUGCUGAUGACCGUGUACCGAGCCAACAGCCAAAUUUCAGCAUUGAGGCUACAUCAGGUGAAAGUGAAUGACGGUGACUGGCAUCACCUACAAUUGGAACUGCAUAGCAGCUGGGACAAUCCAGAAGCCCAGUGGUUAGCCAUAAUGGCUUUUGAUUAUGGUUUGCACCAGGUGAUGGCCAAUAUUAGUAGUGAACUUCGUGGACUAAAAAUGCGGAAUUUGAGUAUCGGUGCUAUACUGGGGGAGAAGGGAAACCUGCAGUAUGGAUUCCGUGGUUGCAUGCAGGGUGUAAGGAUGGGAGAGACAUCGGGCAAUGCUGUCACCUUGAAUGUAAACCAGGCUGAGAAAGUGAAUGUGGAGCAUGGCUGCAGUAUCCCAGACCCUUGUGACUCCAAUCCUUGUCCUCUCAAUAGCUACUGCAAUGAUGAUUGGGAUAGUUAUUCAUGCAGUUGUGAUCCAGGUUACUAUGGAGACAGCUGUGCCAAUGUCUGUUCCUUUAACCCCUGUGAGCAUCAAGCCAUUUGCGUCCGCAAACCCAGCUCAUCCCAUGGCUACACCUGUGAGUGUCCUGACAGCUACUUCGGGCCAUACUGCGAGAACAAGUUAGCCCAGCCCUGUCCGCGGGGAUGGUGGGGGCAUCCUAUAUGCGGCCCCUGCAACUGUGAUGUUGAUAAAGGAUUUGACCCCGACUGCAACAAAACUAAUGGAGAAUGCCACUGCAAGGACAAUCACUACCGUCCAGCAGAUAGUGCCACAUGUUUCCUCUGUGAUUGCUACCAUACCGGCUCAUUAUCUCGCACCUGUGAAGCUGAGACUGGGCAGUGCUCCUGCAAGCCAGGUGUCAUUGGACGCCGCUGUGACCGCUGUGACAAUCCUUUUGCAGAAGUUACCAUCAGCGGCUGUGAAGUGAAUUACGAUAGUUGCCCACGUGCCAUUGAAGCUGAUAUUUGGUGGCCACGCACCCGCUUUGGUUUACCUGCAGCUGCACCUUGUCCUCGGGGAUCUGUAGGGACUGCUGUACGGCACUGUGAUGAACACAAGGGCUGGCUGGCACCCAAUCUUUUCAACUGUACCUCACUGACUUUUGCUGUUCUCAAGGAUUUUGCAGAAAAAUUGCUGCGGAAUGAAUCAUUUUUGGAUACAGAGCAGUCUCAGCGGGUCGCUCUCCAGCUUCGCAACGCUACACAAAACACUGAGAAUUUCUUUGGCAGUGAUGUCAAAGUGGCUUUUCAGCUUUUAGCUCAACUUCUGAAGCAUGAAAGCAGCCAAGAAGGCUUUGGCUUGGCUGCUACCCAGGAUGUUCACUUCACUGAGAAUUUGCUUAAGGUAGGCAGUGCUUUACUGGACAACAGCAACAAGCAUCAUUGGGAACUGAUCCAACAGACAGAAGGUGGCACAGCACAGCUGCUCAGACAUUUUGAGGACUAUGCAAGCAUUCUGGCCCAGAACAUGCGCAAGACAUACUUGAACCCGUUUACCAUCAUCACACCCAACAUUGUUAUUUCAGUGGUGAGGUUAGAGAAAAUGAACUUUGCUGGUGCCAAACUGCCCCACUAUGAGACACUCCGUGGUGAGAAACCAGCUGACAUAGAAACUACUGUCAUCCUGCCUGAAAGUGUAUUCAAGGCUCCAGAAGGCAAACAAUCUUCGGUGGCCAGUGCCAAGCAUUUGCCAGGCACCAGUGAGGAAGAAGAACAUGCCCUUAUGACAAGACAGAAGAGACAUCCAGAUCUAAGUGAAGGCCAGGCCAUUGCCAGUGUGAUCAUCUACCGCAACCUGGCAAGUCUGCUUCCAGAGCAGUAUGACACAGAUAAAAGGAGUCUAAGAGUCCCCAAGCGUCCUAUCAUCAACACCCCAGUGGUGAGCAUCAGCAUCCAUGACAAUGACGCAUUGAUGCAACGCGCCCUUGAGAAACCCAUCACUGUGCAAUUUCGGAUGUUGGAAACUGAGGAGCGGACCAAGCCUAUUUGUGUCUUCUGGAACCACUCCAUCCUGGUCAGUGGGACUGGUGGCUGGUCAGCUAAAGGCUGUGAAGUUGUCUUCAGGAAUGAAACUCAUGUCAGCUGCCAGUGUAAUCAUAUGACAAGUUUUGCUGUGCUGAUGGACAUUUCCCGCAGAGAGAAUGGUGAGAUUCUACCCCUGAAGACGAUCACAUAUAUCUCCAUUGCUGUGACACUGGGCAGCCUCCUGCUUACUUUCCUCUUCCUGGCUGGAUUGCGAACUCUGCGAUCCAAUCAACAAAGCAUCCGCAAGAACCUAGUGAUUGCGCUAUUUUUUUCUGAACUCGUCUUCCUACUGGGCAUCAACCAGGCUGAUCUGCCAUUUGCCUGUACCGUCAUUGCCAUCCUGUUGCACUUUCUGUACAUGUGUGCCUUUGCCUGGGCAUUGUUAGAAGCAUUGCAUAUUUACCGCAUGUUGAGUGAAGUGCGAGACAUCAACUAUGGCCCGAUGCGCUUCUAUUAUAUGGUCGGAUGGGGUGUGCCAGCAUUCAUCACAGGACUUGCUGUGGGCCUGGAUCCUGAAGGAUAUGGGAACCCAGACUUUUGUUGGCUCUCCAUCUAUGAUACCCUGAUUUGGAGCUUUGCUGGUCCCAUUGCUUUUGCUGUUGCAAUGAGUGUCUUCCUCUAUGUCCUGGCCACCAAGGCCACUUGUGCGGCUCAACAGCAAGGUUUUGAGAAGAAGGGGACAGUCUCUGGUCUACGGUCGGGCUUCAGCUCUCUGCUGAUCAUGAGUGUCACCUGGCUGCUGGCUCUGCUAUCCAUCAACAGUGAUGCCAUCCUCUUCCACUAUCUCUUUGUGGGCUUCAAUUGCUUCCAGGGACCCUUAAUCUUUCUCCUCUGUGUCAUCUUAUCUAAAGAAGUGAGGAAGGCUCUCAGAUCUAUUUGUGGAAAGAAGCACAGCACUGAUCCUACACUCACUACCAAAUCUACCUUGACAGCAGCUUAUAUUUGCAACAAUACCUACGUGGAUGGGCAAUUGUACCAUACGCCAUUUGGGGACUCCACUGGUUCCUUGCAUAGCACUGUCCGCUCAGGCAAGAGUCAGCACAGCUACAUCCCUUUUGUGCUCAGGGAGGAGUCUGGCUUGAACAAUAGCCAGGUACACAUUGGGCCUGCAGAUCCCAGUUCUUUGUUCUUGGAAGAUAAGGAUCAGAACAAUGAACGUGAUACUGAUUCAGACAGUGACCUUUCCAUGGAAGAUGACCAGAGUGGUUCCUUUGCUUCCACCCAUUCCUCUGACAGUGAAGAGGACGAAGAAUUUCCCAAGGAACCCUGCUGGGAGAACUUACUGUGUCCUAACAAUGAGAAGCUGCCAGCACUCAGCACUCCGAAGGUAGAUAACAUCUCUGGACCUGGAAAACCUUAUUGGCCGGGUGACUUUGUAACCACUGCCAGUGAGAGCGAUGGCCACCCUGGCUCAGAGUCGCUGCGGGUAGAACCAAUGGGUAAGAAUGACCGGCUGGGACUGACAGAGGAGUUGGCCAGAGAGAAUGGAGAGGGCAUCUUGGGCUCACUGCCUCAUCCCACUGCUCAGCCCCAGAAAGGCAUUUUAAAGAAAAAAUACCUGCCACCCAUCAGUGAGAAGAGCAGCAUCCAGCGCAUCCAUAACAAGCUGUCCAGCUGCCGCUCAGGGAUGGUAUCAUUGCAUGGUUCUUCGGGGAGCGAUGGCAGCCGUGGGGGUGGGGUACCACGACCCCGACAGACCCUACAGGAGCAGCUCAAUGGCCUUACACCUAUCACCAUGAGCAUAAAGACUGGCACAGUGGAUGAGGACUCUUCAGGCUCCGAGAGCGAUGAAACCUCAAUCUGAUGUCGCAUGCACCAGACUCUCUCUAUCUCUCACACACGUUUGGCCAGUCUGGGAGCCAGGAUUGCUCUCAAACCACAGCGAGGAAUGUUGUCUCCGUCAACCCGGCCUGGCCCAGGGAGCUGGACCCACUUGUAUGUAGUGCCAAAUGAAAAGUGACCUGCCCCCCCCCACCCCCCGGGGGGAACAGCAGGUUCCAGGAGGCGGACCUUGUCGAACAGAUGCACUUUGGAUCAUUCUAAAAUGGACUGAAAGAACAUAAACUUAACCACCUCCACGUCUUCAGGGAUUUUCAUGCUUUGUUGCCCAGUCUGGAAGUGCUGCGUGUCUGGAAUAUAUAUAUUUUUUUCUUUAUCAAAAUUGGUCUGGGGGAGCCUCAGCAGCCACCAUGUGGACAUGUAUUACUGUGCAGAUGUUUUCAUUGAAUAUUUGACGAUGGGGUGGAGCUAGGGGCCAGUGUGCUUGAAGAUGGCUGCAACUAGGAGCCACCAAGAACUGUUCGUUUUGACUUGAGUAACAAACCAGGAUCAGCCCAGUUUUGGAGGACACCAUCCUGGGCUUCUCCUAGGAGGGAGGGAAAUAGCACCUUUUAAAUGGAAGCUGGAGGUGUAGUAGACCUGGCUGUGCAGAGGACACGUGUGCUCGACAUUCCUUAAGAACCACAGCUGGCUUUGCAUUGAAUCUGAAGGGCACAACCCAGAGCCUCCCUCUGCAAUAUAUGUGUGUCCACCAGCCAUGGUCUUGCUUUUCUUCUGAUCCAGCAGCGUGCAUCUAAACACACCUUCCAAGGUGCAUAUUUAAUCCAGGGUGCACUUCAAACCUGGGCUCUCUGGCACGCACAGAAAAUGGGAAUCUGACAUCUUGGUUUUGCCAUACUAAGCAAUUAUAGAAUAGGAAAGAAAUUCGUCAUCCAAAUAGCUUUUCCAGAAUGCUGUAUAAGUACAUUGCUGUUCUGCAGGGCAGCACUAGUUCCACCUGCAUUUUCUGGCCUAAAGAACGUUUUUUUAAAAAAUGUUGAAAAUAGUAGGUUUGUUCCAGACCUACUAGCCAUUUCCCCAGGAUGUUCAUCGCCAUCACGCUGCCUCCAUUCAUGGACUGUACAGAUUAGCGUCAGCUGUGGAUCUUGUUCUUCUCUGGCAAGUUGCUUACUCCAGCCUUGGUGCUUCAGAUUGCAGUGGGAUCAGGGACACAGGACCGGCAUAUCCACUGGCAUCAAUGGAAACGUUCCUCCUUGGAUCACAGUUACUUUCAAACGGCUUUGUUUGACAGCCACUUCUCCAAGCUCAGCUCACCAUUCCAGUAACUUGGCCCCAUCAGAAUGCUCCAAGAGGCAGCCCGUAAGGUGUUGAGCACCACGGGUGUGGCCUGCUGAGCCAUCAGUCCAUGCUGCAAUUAUUUUCGUAGAAAAUGACAAAAAGAAAAAAGUCCCACCUCCCGCUCCUCCCAGCCAGUCAGCACGUGUCUCCCUGUUGCUACUGUGGCUGGAGCAGGAAUGCUGCCUUGAUGUCUCCCAAAAGCGCCUGGCUCUCAUGCCAACAGGUUGCUGCCUUUCUGCCUCAGAAGCCUUCAUUUUUUUCUACACUCUGCCAAGUCCUGAUGCCUGCUCAUAAUGGGGAUUUUCAUGUUGGUCCUUUUGGAAAGUACUUUUUUUAUAACGACGUUCACCGGGAAAGAGACUUUUCUGCUAAGGGAGAGCGGGAAGAGGGGGACAGCUUGGGGAGGGUGAAGGCACUGUUAGUUUGACGUGUUUUGAUUUUUGUUUUUCAUUUGACCAUUGCUGAAGGAUGUUCUAAUUUAAAUAAUUGAAAAGCCCUUGGGGGUCAUGCUUUAUAGCAAUGUUAUAUCUUGUUAGCUGGGUGCAGAAUCUGAUGCCCUUUAUUGACCAAGCCAAGGUUUGCACAAUAUGAGGUUAAUUGGGACUUGACUGUUGUCAUGGCCUGGCUUGUCAAAGAAAGGAGUUCUGAAAAUGAGGCUUUUCUUUUCAACACCUCCAGUAAUAUUGUCCAUUACUGUUUAGCUUUUUGUGGCCUCUGUGCUUGCCAAUUCCAAAACCUUUCUUGGAAUGUUUUGACACAUAGAAUGUGAUUCUCUGAAAUCUGUUUAAGGUCAACUUGGCAUGGCAGUGGCAUCUACAGAGCUAAGUAGAUCUACGACAUGACCAAAUCGCCACGGGAUAAUUUGCCAUGGCCAACUCACCAAGGGACAAUUCGCUGCGGGACAAGAGUUACACUAAUAUCGAAGAAAUGGUGGAAUAGAAUCAUUAAAGAAAGGAUGCCCAAGGAGGGACAAAAUGAAAUGUGAAUGACGAAACUUAAAAUAUUUUUUUUUAUUAUUUUAAAUAAUUAAAUUGAACUGUUGAAUGGUCCUGCAGUGAGUUGGCCAUGACGAGUUGACCAUGGCAAGUUGGCCAUGGCAAGUUGGCUGUGGUGAGUUGUCCAUUCCAAUAGGUCACAGGGGAUGAAGACCAGCCUCUUCAGUGUAUGAUCUACUACUGUGUUAUUUCCAUUGAGUGUUCCUUCUGAACCAUUUGACUUUAGAUAGUUAAGUGAAAGGAGACACAACUGCCACCCCACCCCAAUCCCAAAAAAGUCUGUACAAAAGAAGAGCCAUUUGCCCAAGCUCCACCUGGAGCCUGUAUUGCUGUUGCCUUCAACACAAUUUUGGUCAAUUCCUGCUGCUCAUCCUGAAGCAAACUGGAGAUACCUAUGGAAAUAAAAUUCAGCUAGGCAGGAACCACUUUGGCUUCCUAAUAUAUGGCUUGUUGCAGUUAUUGCAGCAAGAAGGAAUAUUUAAACCCAGAGGACUUCCCAUGUUGCCCUGGAAGCGUUUUCCCUCAUGACUUGACUCAUAGGUGAAGGCAAAAUGGUAAGUGAUGCUUCCAAAUGCAGGCAAUGGGACACACUUUUGGCUAUCCUGUAUCUAUAAUGGCUUUCCUCAGCCCUCUCCUGUUCAAAUGUGUCUGCGGUACAAGUCCCAUUAUCCAGAACCAGUAUGAUCUAUUAGUCAUGCAAAUUAGGGUUGUUGAAUGUAGUCGCAAUGUAUCUGAAAGGCAUUGACUGGGGAAGGCUAACUUGAAAUGCAAAGAUACUAGAGUAAGCAGAUCAGACAAAAAAGUCACUAGGACAGAAGGCCUUUCUAGGUAUCCCCGACCCAGAUGAUAAAAGCUGGGAAUUAUUAGCUGUAUUUGGAGGACUACACAUGUCUUACUCCUAGACAAGGAGAGGCAAACCAAAUAGGCUCCCUUUCAAAUUGCCACCUAUUAAGGUAGAGGCUAGUUUAUUCCUGAAUGUCUUUAUUUUGUUUUGGUAUGCUGAACAAAGGUUGGAAGGAAAGAUCAAUGGCUACUCUACGGUGUCUUCCAUAAAGCCCCAUUCCUUCAUAAAAACAUGACAAUUAUAUUCUUCUCCAAGCAACGUUGCAUUAUAUUUUAUGUCAGGGCUCCAUUAAGGCAGCUAUCAAACAAAUGAAGCCUUGGGAAUUUUUCCUUAUUGGAAACAUCUUCACUUACCUACAUUUUGGCUUCUCUGAAACCAUUCAAAGUAUUAGAUUUCUACCAGACAAAAGCACUGGUUACCUGCUCCAUCACCCCAGUCCCAAGUACCUCUAAAUGCUGAGUUUUUAGACUGUACGUCAAAUGCACAAACUAGCCUACAAUAACUUCCUAUGCAAAAUCUUUCUUAUAUGGCAAAUCCAUUAAUUGAAACAAACUUGAAAGCAGUGGUAGUAAAGGAUUCAAACUAAGCUCUCUACAGCAGCAGUGACUUCCAGGGAAAAGAGUUGAUCCACCUGUUCCUGUGCCAGGUUGGACGGAAUUGGAGGGGAAAGGUGUGCCACUCCAUUCAUGACCAAGGAAGUGUUAAACCUUAACUGUAUUAAAGACUGAGAAACUGUCUUGUAUGGAGAGCUUGAUGUGAAGAGUUCAGCUUCUGCUUCAUCACUGCAGCCAAUUAAUUUUUUAGUGUCCCUCUGCUGUCUAUAAAGAGCUAAUUAGCUGUUUUAACUGUGGAAAGGAUGUAUUUGACAUGUCUGCUUUUUAAUUUAUUAUUUUUUAAAGAUGUAUAUGCAUAUAUUUACAACUGAGCACACCUUUCAUUUCCUAGGCAAUAAAUCGCCACCGCCAUUGUCCAGAUCUAAACAUAUGCCAUUGUAGGUUCAAGGUUCUUGUCUUCUAGUACGAAUUCCCAUUGAUCCAAUCCAUUCUUUUUCUCUUAACUAGCUAGUAAAGUCAUUUCCAGCAGAACUCAGCUACAGCCAUGUACAGUUGUUUCCAUAGUCUUGAGUAGCUGUGAUGCAUGCAGAAAUUCAAGAAAUAAAUGCUUUUAUGUCACAGCCUCAUCUACUGAAUUGGAAAUGGUAGUCUUUGAAUUUCUGCUUGACAAGCAGCUGUUGAAGUUGGUGGAAUGGUGCCAAGGAAACAAACCUUACUUUUCCUUAAAAAGCCCAGUUUGGUCAGAGAGGAAAGCACAGGGAAAAGUUCUGAUGAUUUAAUUUUUUGGGAGGAACAAACUGUUUUCUUAAAACUUGGUGGGUUACAGGCUUUUCCUUUGGUUUAGAUAUCUCAAGUGUAUAGGAAGGGUUCUUUAUGUAAAUAUAACAGAGUUCACCCCUUUUCCUAAAUAAUAAAACCAUAGUUCCGUGUGGGUGGCUCCAUUUCAGUGCUUUGUCUAUCUUUACUAGAAAAUGGAGUAGGGAAAGGGAAGACCAAGAACCUGAAUUCAAUAGAAAGAGUUGAAGCUAUUAAGUUUCCUUGCUACUGGGCAGAGGCAUUGUGAAGGAGAAUCUAGAUUUCUUCUCUUCCAAAUAUAUAGAGAAAUGACCCCCAGUUCUUCUGACAAUGAUUUAUCGAUUAUGAGAAACCCUUAGUCUUUGCAGAAACAUGAUGGUUCAUUGCAGGUUUUGUAAUUCAUUCAGUUUUUGUCUGCUUGUGCUGAACAAAUGUACAUGCAUUAUCUAUCUAUCUGGAUACAUUGCAUUAACAGCAUCAAAAUGGGACAAAAGACAAGCUUCUGUUACUGAAAAGGAAUUGCAGUACUGGUUCUCUUAUCCCUGAAUGAGCACUGAUCACCAAGAGGUAAUAAUAGAAUUACUCGAGGAAUUGGUUUUGCUACAAGUCAUUAUACAGAUGUGUGUUUUUAUUAGAAAGGCAUAUAUUUUUUCAGACAUUAGAAACGAUCAAAACAACAUACAUGAAUAUAAUGGCAGAAUUAAUA